AUGGCAUCUUUAGCUUCUAGUUCCGCCGAAGAUCUCAAUGAGAGCCGAGCCGAAGCUCUGCAGGCUCUCCUCAAUUCGUUAUCACCUGGGGACCCAACGGCUGAGAACGGCGGUCAACUGACUUCUGACCAAGUCAGAAAAAUGUCUGACAAACUGGGCGAAGUACUGGGCGAUGGAGCGUUUGCUUCGGAAGGUGGCGAGCAGCGACGAAACGAGAAGGGUGAGCUGCUUAAUGAAGAGGGACUUCCCGUAGUCGACAUCACAGAGCCUAUCUCUGAAACCCCUUCCUCGGAACCGGGACACAUCUUCAAUGAUCCUGAUCUACUCCCGCUCUGGGCUCUGUCUCCUGCUGAGAAGGCACGUCGUCGUGCCGAGCGGGAGCGUAUAUUGGACCUUUUGGAGGAGGAGGAGCAGUUGGAGCAGGAGCGCGCGGAAGCAGCAGAACGCGAGCGAUAUCGGUCAGAGCUGGAGAAGCGGAAGGAGGCGGCGAAGGCGCAGCUGGAUUCACUGAGGAAGGCCAAAGAGCUGCAGAAGAAGAUGGGCAAGGCGCUUCUUCGGAACGUCAUUGAGAGCAAGGAACGAGAGGAGCACGAAAGCGUACAGAAGGAGAAGGAGAAAGAGACGGCGAGAACAGAGAAGAAUCAGAAGCCGGCAAAGAGCGUCUCGUUCGCGGAGCCUCCUUCGGACCACGAGAGCACUCCAGCCGAGGGCUCUGAACAAGGCAAGUGGGGUGACGUUUCUCUGGCGAGACUGCAGCGGAAGGGCAAGAGCACACUAUUGACCAAGGCUCAGAUGGCAAAGCAACCAAUGAAGAUGGAAGUCGUCGAGCGACAUCCCGCCGAGUCCCGUCCAUCGUUAUCAACAAGUGCUCAGGUUCUGGACGGGCAGGACUCUGAUGACGAGUCUAUCCCAGGCUCUCCAAUGCCUACUGACUCCGACGAGGGGGAGAUCAUCCAUUCUGAUCAUUACGAUGAGGAAGAUAACCGCGCAUCGGCACCAUCAAUGCCACCGGAGUCUGAUUCAACUGACAAUGAACACUUCACUGACGAUGGCGAGCCGACAGAAUGGACGGAGGACGAAUCUGACGACUUCGCUCGACAUCAGCACGAUAUUGAACGUGCAUACUACGAGAAGCGCGCCACGAUUGGCGCACAGGUUGCCAGUGCGAUGAGAGCUCACACGCAUUCGGAAGAUGAAGAUGAAUGGGAUCAGGCGGAAGUACCACUUGAAGCAACGCGCGCAUCCGCGCCUCCCAAAACACCGGUCUCCAAGUUCAAGUCUGAGCGUCUUUCCAAUGCUUCUUCCAGCACUCUCGCUUCACAUUCCCUUGGUCGCUCAGUUCUACCAUCCUCUCAGUCUUCGUCGUUGAAAAGCGCCAUCAGGAUGGGAAAACUAGAAAGUGAUCAGCUCGUAGGAGAGGAGAGCGAUGAUGACGUUGAGAAGCAAACUAGAGAGGUCCUGGAGUUGCUCUCGAGAGGAGAAGUGACCAACAUCAGUUUGCAGACAAGUCCUACUCCUGCUGCUGGAGAGAGUGUCAGGGCAAUAUCAGCUGUAUCUUCCAGUCCCUUACAAACGCCUUCCGCUCCAACAAUAAUCAGUCCGGACAACGUAGGCAACGCAGCGGCAGCACCGAAGCCCAAACCAUCCAAGGUGUCCAAGUUCAAAAUGGCGUUGUCCCAGGCACAGCAAGUGCAGGAUUCCGCAUUGCCAUCACCUCCGAUGACCACGCCAAUAUCUGUCACCGAGCGUUCUUCUCCCAAGAUGGCCUCGCCUGGGCCAGGAACGCCAAUAGCCGUGCCCACUGCGUCGUCGCGGCUGUCGCCUCGGACGCCUGCGCACACACGUAGCCAGAUGCCUAGCAUGAUUGUCGACUCGCCUUCGUUCCUUCCGCCCGCGAGGAUGUCAUUAGCAUCUGUGGCGCGACCAUCGCCAGGACCAGCCUCAUGUGCCAGUCCUAUACCUUUCCGCUCGGUUAUCAUCGAAUCGCCCUCAUUUCAGCCCAUGUCCACCGUCAACUCGUCGCCAUCAUUAUCCUCCCCGCCGAUGCCAUCGUCCUCAACAUCAAGUGCGGGCAACUCGAUUAAAUUUGCCCCGGCGGACCGACCAGCUGUAAUCAUGGCUGCAGAGGUUAAGGAGUCAGAUUCUACUUCACGACGUACCGCAGGCGCAGAGGGGAAAGAGAAGAAAGUAUCGAGAUUUUUAGCAGAGAGAAUGUGA